AUGCCUUCUGAUGAAGCAAUAUUAGGCAUGGUUUUUGAUACCUUGGAAGGAGCUGAAUUGUUUUACAAUGCUUAUGCAAAACAAAUUGGUUUUAGCAUUCGCAAACGAGAUUCGCGACAGUCACGUAGUGGACAAAUGCUAAUGCAGAAAUGGGUGUGCUCAAAGGAGGGUUAUCGUCAAAAAAAAUGGAUAAACUAUGCUGCUCGUAUACGCAAGCCUCGACGAUUGACUAGGGGAGGUUGUGAAGCGAUGAUUCGUGUAAAUCUGGAUCGCGACACUGAAAAAUGGGUUGUCAAGUCACUUGUAUCGGCUCACAAUCAUAAGUUGGUGCCAUCCAAGUAUGUACAUCUUCUGCGUUCCCAUCGCGAAAUCAAAGAAGGUGAUGAAGCUUUGAUUGAGUCGUUGAGUACAGUUGGAGUAAGUACACGGCAUAUUACUGAGAUUUGCAAGGAACAACAUGGAGGCUAUCAGAAUAUGGGUUUCAUUCCGAAAGAUGUAGAGAAUAAAGUCCAAGCCAUUCGAAUGAACAAGAUUAAAGGUGGUGAUGCAAAUACUACCAUCGGAUACUUCGAGGGAAGGGUACAAGCAGAUUCAAGCUUUAGUUUCGACUAUACGUUGAAAGAGGGUAAUAAACUUGGUAAUAAGCUUUAG